AUGUUUAGACAAGUUCGGAUUAGUCGAGAGGAUGCCGAUCUUCAGAGGAUAGUAUGGCGGGCGGACGCCGAGUCAGAGGUUCGAGACUUUAGACUCGUCACCGUCACCUACGGUACGACACCGGCUCCGUAUUUGGCAAUCAGAACCUUGCUCCAAUUGGCUGAAGAUGAAGAGUCCCGGUUCCCUCAAGGAGCAUCAUCAAUCCGCAACCACACUUACGGGCAACGAUUUAUUGCAACUAACGACAACGUGGGUGCCCUAGGCAUCCUUUGGACUCCUACCAAGGACACACUUGGCCUAAAGGCGGUCCCGUCAUUUGAUGUGACGACACAACCAACAAAACGCUCCAUACUUUCCUUUGUGGCUAAGCUAUUUGAUCCCGCAGGCUGGGCGGCUCCUGUAAUAGUAGCAGCCAAAAUAUUAAUACAAGAUCUCUGGAUGGCGGGUUUAAACUGGGACCAAGAAUUGCCCCCGGAGUUACAGACUCGUUGGUUGAAAUACAUUACCAGCUUACCUGAACUGAAUCUAUUACAGAUACCUCAGUGGACCGGUAUUCGCACGCCAAUGGAACUUCAUGCCUUCUCGGACGCCUCUGAAAGAGCCUAUGCCGCUGCGAUUUACCUGCGAGGACUCGGGUCGCACGGGGACAUUGAAGUGUCUCUCCUGCUUGCUAAGACCAAGAUCACUCCGAUUAAACCAGUCUCCAUACCUAGACUUGAGUUGUGCGGUGCCCUACUAGCCGCCCGGCUACUGUGUCGGCUCACUAAACAUCUGAAAUUGGAGAGCUGCCCCCUAUACGCAUGGACUGACGCAAGGGUGGUACUUGCAUGGCUACGAGCACAUCCCUCACGUUGGACACCUUUCGUAGCCAACCGGGUGGCUGCCAUACAAGAAUUAAUGCCGGGGAAUCAUUGGCACUAUGUUGCUACGUCAGAAAACCCUGCAGAUCUAGCUACACGGGGCAUCUCGCCAUCGGAGCUGAGAGACCGACGCCUUUGGUGGUCGGGACCCCCAUGGUUGGGAUCCCCGUCAAGUGACUGGCCAAGUGAAAGUGAUGCUCGACAGGAAGUAAGCGAGGAGCGGCGCUCACACGCUACCACUCUUACUACUAACAAAAUCAACAAUGAUGUCCUUACACGAUUCUCAUCAUUUUCUAAAUUAAUUAGAGUUUCAGCAUACCGCCUCAGGCUGCUACACGCUGAACGACCCCACGCCCUUCAUCUCACUGCAGAUGAACUGGCACGCUGUCGAUUGCGCUGGUUUCGCAUCGCUCAGCUCCAGGACUUUGCGGAGGAGAUCAAGGUCCUCUCCCGCGGCUCCCAGCUGGCCCGUCAAUCCCCACUACUGUCGCUACGGCCCUUCCAAGGACAGGAUGGGCUGAUAAGAGUAGGCGGCAGACUUGCUCACGCACCGUUAGCCUUUGCCGAAAAGCACCCGAUUGUUCUCGCCAAAGAGAACCAUCUUUCGUUACUCCUCGUGCGCGAUGCACACGAAAGAACCCUCCACGGCGGUCCGCAGCUCACGAGGAGCGUGCUCUCUCGCCGUUACUGGAUUUUGCAAGCCAACUCGCUAAUUAGAUCCGUUGUAAAACAAUGUGUAAAAUGUGCUCGUUUUAGGGAAACCACUUCUCAACAACAGAUGGGCCAACUACCAGCGGAUCGAGUCAGACCGGCCCGACCGUUCUGGACCACUGGCGUGGAUUACGCUGGACCCAUCAAGCUUCGAAUUUCCAAGGGCCGCGGAUGCAAAGGCUACAAAGGAUAUAUCUGCCUAUUCAUUUGCAUGGUCACCAAAGCCGUGCAUUUGGAAGCCGUAUCGGAUCUCACCUUUAGCUCAUUCCUGGCCGCUUUUAAGCGUUUUGUGGCAAGGAGAGGCCGUUGUGCGUACCUGACUAGCGACAACGGUACCAAUUUCCGAGGGGCCGAGCGAGAGUUGCGGGACCUAUUCAACGCCGCUGCCGAUUUUUACAAGGAUUGUAAAGCCCAGCUGGCUCAAGACAGCACGGAAUGGGCUUUUAUUCCUCCCUCUGCCCCGCACUUCGGCGGACUCUGGGAGGCAGGCGUCAAGGCCACUAAGUACCAUCUCCGACGCGUCUUAGGAGAUCAAAUACUUACCUACGAAGAAUUGUCCACAUUACUUUGUCAAAUCGAGGCGUGCCUCAAUUCGAGACCGCUCUAUCCGUUAAGCAAUGAUCCAAACGAUUAUACUGCGAUCACCCCUGGGCACUUCCUUAUAGGAGAGAGUCCAGUCAAUGUACCGGAACCGCCCACCCUGACGGAUACUGUUACGUCUC